GACUUUAUUUUGGAGCAUUACAGUGAAGAUGGAACUCAGUAUGAAAAAGAAAUCCAGGAGUUAUGUGACCUCAGACAGGACAUGCGGACUCCCCAGAGAAACGAGUCGGGAGUUGAGUUGUUAAUUGAGUACUUUAAUCAGUUACACUUCAUUGAGCGGAGAUUUUUCCCACCUGACCGAGUUCUUGGUGCUCACUUCCACUGGUAUGACUCUCUAACAGGUGUACCCAACACACAAAAGACAAUGGGCUUUGAGAAAGGCAGUGUUUUAUUCAAUAUUGGUGCUUUAUACACACAGAUAGGCUGUAAACAGGAUAGGACAACUCAUGCAGGAGUACAGGAUGCUAUCAGUAAUUUUCAGAAAGCUGCAGGGACCUUCCGUUAUUUACACAAUCACUUCACUAAUGCUCCUAGUAUGGACAUGCAGCCCCAUACACUGACAAUGCUUAUACAGCUCAUGAUGAGUCAGGCCCAGGAGUGCGUGUUUGAGUGUAAGGUGCUGGGUGGCAAUAAUGAUGGACUCCUAGGAAAUGUCAGAUGUGCUCAAGAAGCUGUUGUGGUGUCCCAGAUGUACGAUGACACAAAGUUACUGAUGACCGCUGAACCGGUCAAGGACUACAUUCCGUACUCAUGGGUCUCCAUGGCGAUGGUGAAAUCCCAGUAUUACAUGGCCAUGGCUCAUACUCACAUGGCAAUGGCUAUCAUAGACUGCUCUGAAGAAAAUGACAGUCAAUCUUUAACGGAAUUCAUGGAGGCUUUACAGAACACAAAGGAAGUUGACACAGAGAACAACAGACUGAGCAUGCCUCAGACCGAAGAGGAGAGAAUUACACUGGGGAAAGCUCACCUAAAAGGUGCACUCAACUGCCAUGAAGAGGCUCUGAGAUUACAUGACCUUUGUAAACAACUGAGAAAAAUUGAUACCUUUCAGGACAUUUUAAAGAAGGCUCAUGACAGGUGCUUGGAGGAGUUUUCAUCUUUAGAGGAGGAGGAUGAUUUCACAGAAGUUCUGAUGUUUCCUAAAAUUAACCCCAAAACAUCUCAAAAUGUCUCCCCCGUCUCUCCAGAGUUCAGAAAUAUCAGUGUAGUAGACAUCUUCAAGAGACUGGGCCCUAUAACAAUAUUCAAUGCCAAAAAUGAAUGGUCUGCACCAAGAACAGUAACUCUGGAUCGUAAUCCAGAUCAGGGAUUUGGAUUCAGUGUCCGUGGAGACGCUCCGGUUCGUGUGGCAGAAAUAGAACCUGGCAGUGUUGCUGAGGUGGGCAAACUGAAAGUUGGAGACUUAGUGGUAGCUGUAGGGGACACAGACACAAAGUGGGCAAAACAUGAAGAAGUAGUGAAUCUUGUCAGACAGUGUGGCAACCAUUUAGUUCUCAGACUAGUCACCCCCAACACCCCCCAGGAUCCGGACGCUAGUCACUCAGGCUCCUCCCCGGGGACCCCCCGCGCCCCCCUACGAAUGCAGAGCCCCAGGGAGAGCCUAUCAACUCAGAGCAAUAAAUCAAAUCGUAGUCGGCUUAGUGCACCCUGGAUAUUCAUGAGGAAAGGUUCAAAAGAAAAGCAGGAUAAACCAGAAAAGAGCAAAGAAAUGGAGGAUGGCGAGGCUUUCCUUCACUGAUUAGCAUCUGUUAUGUUUGAUACGACUGGUUAGUGAAAUCAUCUGUUGUUUGAUGUGAUUGGUUAGUGUAAUACUGUGAUGUCAUGUCCUUGUCAGAGGCUCCGCCCAUUGACCUGACAGCAGCUAACACAUCUAUGAACACACUAUGUAAAGGGAAUGAUGGGGAAAAAUGAGAUCACCCCAUACCCCUCACGCAGACAAGAAAUAAUAUAAAAAUUGUGUGAAUUUUUAUGAAACAGAUUUUUGUUUUUUUAACAAAGAUGCAUUUUAAAUUGUAUUUGUCACCUGUAUGAUUCAGGGUUUAUGUGUCAUAGUUUAUCUGUCAUUUUAUUCAGUGUUAAGAUGCCCUGUAGCAGAGAGCAGUAUAUUUAUCCAUAUACAGUAUACAUGUAACUUUUUGUCUUAAUAACUGCAUCAUAACUCAGUAGAUAUCAUUUUACUGAUCAGCAAUAAGUGAAUACCUUCACAUAUCAGUUCUAUGUCCAGUUCUGUCCAAGCUAUAUAGGUUCUUCCUUCCAAGUGCUCAAUUUGGCGGCAUAAUUUGCUGUCUCCUUUUAUUAUAUACCAGUGCUAAUGGAAAUUGCCAAACUUCCAUGAAGAAUCAAAAGUUUCUUGCCUCAGGUUAGGUAUAUUUUACAUCAGUAUUCUUUUUCUCCUAUUAUUUUUCAAGAAAAAGAUCGAUUUUUGGCAGAUAUUCAUGUAUUUUUAUGGCUUUUGAAUUUAGGCAUUGAUAUAUUUUAACACAAAACAGUUGUAUACAUUAUAUUUUUACAUAUGACAUUCAUGUAGCAUUAUUAUUGUCACAUGUUGCUUUUAAAAGUCUUCUUUAUUUAGUAGAAUUGUUUUAGUGAAAUGGAAAAUUACAAACUUAAAAUGAAAGCAUUACACAUGAAAUAACAAUCAUACAUGUACAAACAUGUUCACAGUUUUAUACUUACAUUUCUAAAUCCAUGCAAUGAUGUAUGUUUCUCUUAGCAUGUAGAAAAUCUCCAUGUAAUUAAACCAUGUAUGCAUAAUGUAACCUAAAAUCAAUAUAUUGUAUAAGCAAAGGAUUUUAUUGGUGUGCUCAGUAUAUAUUCAUGAUUGAAAUCCACUACCCAAUGUAUAGAUAGAUAAUCUUGUUAAAAUUAAUAUAUAUUAAUAAUGGAAAUAUUCAAGUAUUAUAUUUUUACAUUAAGUAUCUAGUUAGUCAUAAUUUCCAUAUCAAUCAUGUGUAAUCUUUGUCAAUGAUUUUAUGCAGUUCAGUUAUAUGGGAUAGGAUAAUCAAAAAUGUUCAUAGCCAAUUAAUGUGUGCGAGGGAAAUAAAUGUACUUCGAGUUAUAAUCCAGAUAAAAAAAAUCCUGAUUAUUUAUUAUGUUCUUAUUGAUUAUGCACUGUCCAUACAACUUAUAUUGAUUUUUUUUCUUUCGAAAAAUGACACAUUAAACUUGUCUUUUGGCUUAAAUGUUUAUAAACUAGAAUAGAAAACACAGAGAGCUUGAACUAGAUCAUUCAAUACUGUCUGUUUAAAUGCAUAUUCAAUCACUCACACUGGACAGUUUUGUAGAUUGAUGGAUACCGAGGAAGCAAUUUUUCAUUUGCAAAUAGACACAUUUUAUACAUAUUCAAACUUUUAUAUUCAUUGUCAAUAAAUCACACUGCAUUUUACAUGGUGGAGGUGUUUUGAAAUACUGCUUUAAAGCACUUAUAAUAAUUAUUGUUUAUUAAUGAAUUGAAACACCUCUACACAAGUUUAGUGUGCCAAAAUAACCAUAUUGUGAUGUAGAUAUAGAUAAGGUCUGAAGUAUUAAGACUGUAUUGUGAUACCCAUCUUACAUACAUGUAUAUUUGUAUAUUGUUAAAGUGUCCAUAUAUAUAUUAUAUAUAUAUUAUAUACGUAUGUUUAGAGUUUCUAUAUAUAUACAUGUACAUAAAUUAUAUAAGCUAUUUGUUACUUACAAGUGUAAGUUGGUUAUAGGAUAGGAGUUGUAUUCUUGGCUCAUCAUGUGUUUUAAACCAUUUUUGUUGCAAAUUUUGCAGUAGAUAAAAGUUACUGUCUCUGCUAUUUGAUGCUUCACAUAUAUCAAAAGGAAGCAAUUUUUAUGUAAAGAUUUUCUAAGAUUAAGAGCAAAUGCAAUCAACUUGUAUGUCUGUAUUGUUUUAAUGAUGGUGUUAAAUUUAUACAUUUACAUGCAUGUAUGUAGUAACAUGUGAAUUGUAUACCCAUACACUGUAUGUUAUGUGUGUAUAAUUGUCUAUUAAUGAGUGAGAGCUUUUAUCAAUACUCAAUGUACAAGAGAAAGAAAAUUCAGAAAAUAUUUUGACAAGCAAUAAAAUGUUAUAUAUCAA